AUUUAUAUCAAUCAGUAAAUGAGGGCAUGGCAAGACUACAUAAGAUCAUCAUUCGGUACCCCUUAGUCCAGCUGCAUCAUCUCCAAUCCUGUGUACGGGACCAGUUAUGGCACCAAAAAAGGCAAAAAAGCGGGCAGCAGAGGGAGCCAAUUCCAAUGUGUUCUCCAUGUUUGAACAAACUCAGAUCCAAGAAUUCAAAGAGGCUUUUACCAUCAUGGACCAGAACAGAGAUGGUUUCAUUGACAAAAAUGACCUGAGGGAUACUUUUGCAGCUCUAGGACGCCUUAAUGUGAAGCAGGAAGAGAUUGAUGACAUGCUGAAAGAGGCUCCAGGGCCCAUCAAUUUCACUGUGUUCCUCACCAUGUUUGGAGAGAAGCUUAAGGGGGCUGAUCCAGAGGAGACGAUCCUCAAUGCUUUCAAAGUUUUCGACCCUGAGGGAAAAGGUGUCCUGAGGAAAGAGUAUGUUACUGAGAUGCUGACCACGCAGGCUGACAGGUUCUCGAAAGAAGAGAUGGAGCAGAUGUUUAUCGCCUUUCCCCCAGAUGUAUCAGGGAACCUUGACUACAAAAACCUAGUUCACAUUAUUACCCAUGGUGAGGAAAAGGACCAGGAGUAAAUGUCUCACUGCUGGAACCUGUCACCCAGCUAUAGCCUCAUGCCCAGCAGAUCCAAAAGACCCAGCUAUUGCCAUCUGUUUAAGUAAUGGGACAGUUUAUGUAUACUUAAUUACAUAUAGUUAAUAUUUGCUUGUAAA